AUGGAAAGCAAAAAUAAAUAUUUUCUCCUUUUCCUCAAACUUGUAUUGUUCUUGUGCUUUUCUUUCGAAGCUAAGACAAACACCACGAACCAAAAAUUGUCCCUUGGAGAUACGCUUGAUGCAGAGAAAUCCAUUACUAUUGGCGUAACUUUGGUAUCUUCCGGUGGAAUAUUUGAGAUGGGCUUCUUCACACUUAGUAAUCUAUCAAAUUAUUACAUCGGUAUAUGGUAUAAGCAAAUAACCCCACAAACUAUAGUUUGGGUAGCAAAUAGGGAGACUCCUCUUUCGUUUUCUGAGAUGGGAUUAGCAGAGCUCAAAAUUAUGCAGGAUAACUUGGUGCUUCUCAACGGGAAUGAACUCACAAUUUGGGCAACAAAUAUUAACUCCAGUACGAAUAAACCUGUGGUUGUGAUUCUUCGUGAUGAUGGGAAUUUGAUUUUGAACCAUGGGUCCAAUUCACUGUGGCAAAGUUUUGAUCAUCCAAGCCAUACAUUUUUGCCUGGUUCUAAAGUUGGCUACAACAAAAAAACUAAAACACAACAAACUCUUACCUCUUGGACCAACUCUGAAGAUCCUAGCCCAGGGCUCUUUUCCCUUGAGAUGGAACCUAAUGGUGAGUCUAUUGUUAGGUGGAACAAGACUGUACAGUAUUGGUCAAGCGGACCUUGGAAUGGACACAGCUGGGGCACAGUACCUUUAAAAUCAAAUCACAUGUUCAAUUUCACGUUUAUAAAUAACACGAAUGAGGUAUAUUUUUCAUAUUAUAUUUUUAAUCCUUCGGUUAUGUCAAGAUUCAUAAUAGAUGUCACGGGGAAAAUUAAGCAGCUGACGUGGUUGAAUAGUACCAAGCGGUGGAAUAUGUUUUUCGCUCAACCAGCACAAUCAUGUGAUGUUUACGGUUAUUGUGGUGCAUAUGGUGCAUGCAAUGACAGCUCAAGUAUUCCCUUGUGUGAUUGUUUGCCUGGUUUCACUCCUAGAUCAAAGAAAGAUUGGGAUUUGAACAGUUUCUCUGGUGGUUGUGAGAGAAAAACAAGUUUGAAUUGUGGUAAUGUUAAUGCAUCUAUUUUGGAGGAAGACAAGUACUGGAAUCAUUCUCAUAUGAGAUUACCAAUCGAUAACAAUAUUUUAACCAUUGAUAGUGCAAUAGAAUGCGAAUACACUUGUUUGAAUAAUUGCUCUUGUACUGCUUAUGCUUUUGAUGACAACAAAUGUCUAACUUGGGAUGGAGACCUCUUCAACUUGCAACAACUCUCCGAAAAUGAUGCAAGUGGAAUAACAAUUUAUGUAAAACUAGCUGCUUCUGAAUUUUCAGCCUUAUCUUCCUAUUCUAUAAAACAAGGAGAGCAAGAAGUAAAGGUAAAUGUAAAUUCUCUUCUUGAUGAAUUAUAA